GGAGGCGAUGCGGUGGCUGCUGCUGGUGCUUGUGGGGGUCCUGCUGAGCACCCCUGGGGCUCCAGCCCUGGCCCUGGAGGCUUCCGAGGAGAUGGAGCUGGAACCCUGCCCGGCCCCGAGCCUGGAACAGCAUGAGCAGGAGCUGAGCGUGGCCCUGGGGCAGCCUGUACGCCUGUGCUGUGGGCGGGCUGAGCGGGGCGGCCACUGGUACAAGGAGGGCAGUCGCCUGGCACCUGCCGGCCGCGUGCGGGCCUGGAGGGGCCGCCUGGAAAUUGCCGCCUUCCGCCCUGAGGAUGCCGGCCGCUACCUCUGCCUGGCCCGGGGCUCCCUAGCCGUCCUGCACAACCUCACCUUGGCUGUGGAUGACUCCUCCACCUCCAGUAACUUUGCUGAGGACCCCAAGGCCCACAGUGGCUCCUCGAACGGGCACGCUUACCCUCAGCAAGCGCCAUACUGGACGCACCCCCAGCGCAUGGAGAAGAAGCUACACGCGGUGCCUGCUGGGAACACGGUCAAGUUCCGUUGUCCAGCCGCCGGUGAUCCCAUGCCCAGCAUCCGCUGGCUCAAGGAUGGACAGGCCUUCCAUGGGGAGAACCGUAUAGGCGGGAUUCGACUGCGCCACCAGCACUGGAGCCUGGUGAUGGAGAGCGUGGUGCCCUCGGACCGCGGCACCUACACCUGCCUCGUGGAGAAUCCUUUGGGCAGCAUCCGCUACAGCUACCUGCUGGACGUGCUGGAGCGGUCCCCACACCGGCCAAUCCUGCAGGCGGGACUGCCGGCCAACACCACUGCUGUGGCGGGCAGUGACGUCGAGCUGCUGUGCAAGGUGUACAGCGACGCCCAGCCCCACAUCCAGUGGUUGAAGCACAUCGUCAUCAAUGGCAGCAGCCUCGGCGCUGACGGCUUCCCCUACGUGCAAGUCCUGAAGACUGCAGACAUCAACAGCUCCGAGGUGGAGGUGUUGUACCUACGGAAUGUGUCGGCCGAGGAUGCGGGCGAGUACACCUGCCUGGCUGGCAACUCCAUCGGCCUCUCCUACCAGUCGGCCUGGCUCACGGUACUGCCAGAGGAGGACCUCACGUGGACGGCAGCAUCGCCCGAGGCCAGGUACACGGACAUCAUCCUCUACGCCUCGGGCUCCCUGGCCAUGGCCUUGCUCCUGCUGCUGGCCGGGCUGUACCGUAGGCAGGUGCUCCACGGCCGGCACGCUCGGCAGCCCGCCACGGUGCAGAAGCUGUCCCGCUUCCCUUUGGCUCGUCAGUUCUCCCUGGAAUCGGGCUCUUCGGGCAAGUCAAGUUCCUCCCUGGUGCGGGGCGUCCGGCUGUCCUCCAGCGGCCCGCCCCUGCUCGCCGGCCUCGUUAAUCUCGACCUGCCUCUCGACCCUCUGUGGGAGUUUCCCCGGGACAGGUUGGUGCUUGGGAAGCCCCUGGGCGAGGGCUGCUUCGGGCAGGUGGUGUGUGCAGAAGCCCUCGGCAUGGACCCCGCCCGCCCUGACCAAGCCAGCACAGUGGCCGUCAAGAUGCUCAAGGACAAUGCCUCGGACAAGGACCUGGCCGACCUGGUGUCUGAGAUGGAAGUGAUGAAGUUGAUCGGCCGGCACAAAAACAUCAUCAACCUGCUGGGUGUCUGCACCCAGGAAGGACCCCUGUACGUGAUCGUGGAGUGCGCCGCCAAGGGAAACUUGCGAGAGUUCCUGCGUGCCCGCCGCCCACCAGGUCCUGACCUUGGCCCUGAAGGGCCGCGGAGCAGUGAGGGGCCACUGUCCUUCCCAGCCCUGGUCUCCUGUGCCUACCAGGUGGCCCGUGGCAUGCAGUACCUGGAGUCCCAGAAGUGCAUCCACCGGGACCUGGCUGCGCGUAAUGUGCUUGUGACUGAGGAUAACGUGAUGAAGAUCGCAGACUUCGGGCUGGCCCGAGGCGUGCACCACAUUGACUACUACAAGAAAACCAGCACUGGCCGCCUGCCUGUCAAGUGGAUGGCCCCUGAGGCCUUGUUUGACCGAGUGUACACACACCAGAGUGAUGUGUGGUCGUUUGGCAUCCUGCUCUGGGAGAUCUUCACCCUCGGGGGCUCCCCGUACCCUGGCAUCCCCGUGGAGGAGCUGUUCUCACUGCUGCGGGAGGGGCAUCGGAUGGACCGGCCCCCGCACUGCCCCCCAGAGCUGUACGGGCUAAUGCGGGAGUGCUGGCACGCAGCCCCUUCCCAGAGACCCACCUUCAAGCAACUGGUAGAGGCACUGGACAAGGUGCUGCUGGCCAUCUCAGAAGAGUACCUGGACCUCCGCCUGACCUUCGGACCCUACUCCCCCUCCAGCGGUGACACCAGCAGCACCUGCUCCUCCAGCGACUCUGUCUUCAGCCAUGACCCACUGCCAUUGGGGUCCAGCCCCUUCCCCUUCCCUGGGGUGCACACGUGAGCCAGGGCUGCCUGGUGCAUAAGCUCAUGACCUUGAUCCUCCUGGCUCAGCCACACUGCUUGACCUUGGCAGCCUGGGCCCUUGACCUCAGAUCUCCAGUUCCACUUUGGGGAGGUCGGUCCUCAGCCCCUGGUACCCACCAGCACUUCCCGCACUGGUCAUGUGUUCAGCUGUGGCCUUAGGGAGUUGGGAUGCCAGGAGCC